UCUUCAGAAGCCUCAUAUGCUGCCCAUCUGCUCUCAAGUCCUCCCCUCCCCCACCAAACUGACUGCCCUCAAAAAGCCUCCAUCUUUCUUUUAAAAUCCAACACAGCAAACCAUUAAAAAAAGGGCUCAUGUACAACUAUCAGUAAGGACCAUUUCUGCAUAACUCCUCUUUAUAAGUCCACUUUCUAUAGGAACAGACCAUAGAACAGAGAGCAUCACCUUCUCCAUGGAAACCCAAAGUUAGACAAGAUUUCAGUUGCUAAAACUGACGUUAGCAAACACUCGCUUUCCUCCUCCUUGCAGUAUAUGUUGUCAUGACUGAUUAAUGAUAUCACUGCCACAUUGUAUAAGAGGGCAACAACGAUAAAAUUGAGCUAGUGGUUGUUCUCUUUGAGCUUGUGAGACAGGUCGGGAGAUCAAAAUUCCUCUGUUGAAAGGCAAAAGUCGGUCCAGCUUUCUAGCUUUGGUGCUUACUCCAUCUUCAGAAGGCGUCGUACCAUAAAGGAACUAACUCGGAGAUGGAUAGUUUGGGUUGGGAUAGUUCAACAGAUAUCCGAAGUGAUAUCUCUUCAAUUCCAUCAUGCUUAUGGAGCAACCAGUAUGACAAUUUUUCAGAAUCCAAUGAAGAUUGCAGCAAUACAAGCGAGAAGGUCGAACUGGAUCAAGCUUUCUUCACUUCAGGAUUAGAGCUGCAAGGGGUUCAGGCUAGCGAAAUGAGUUCAAGUUUUGAUAGUGUUGAUGAGAUGGUAGAAAUGUUCGCUCCUGCUCUGGAUUCGAUAAACAAUAAUUUGGAUAUGGAUUUCUUGCAGCGCCAUGAAGCGAUAAAUUUAGCAGACGAUUCUGUUCCUGAGAAAUCAGGAAUCAGCACCACUUGGGGAGAUGCUUUAUCUUCUCAAUUAUGUUCUUCUCUUCCUCUCAUCACCAGGUCUAAAGCUGUCAAUCCAUUUGAUAGUCUUACCAAAAACUUCGGCUCUUCGGAGGAAUUACGAGUCUUUAGCGACAUCACAAAUGAUGAGGAAGGCAUCUCAACGAUUUUCUCAAGCGGUGAAAACAUUCAUAAUUUGAGCUACGGUGGUAACACCUCUUCAGGUGAGUCUGAAAACCAUGGCUCUUUCAACCACCAUCAGUCAAAUCGAGACGAGAUGGCCUCGGCCUCACAAAGCUCUUCAAAACCAGACCAGACUCAGUCCGGCAUUUCAAAGCCAGACAAAGUUCAAGCUGAAGAAGCCAAAGGUAAGCCCAUAUCUACUAAGAGAAAAUUGGAGGAGAAGAACCAAUAUUUCUGCAAUCUUCUUCAACUAAAUUCUUCGAACAAGGAGGGAGGCUUUCAUAUUAGCUUUGGGAAUGGGCGCAAGCCGAAGAAAUCGAGAUCAGAGAAGCGUUCGGGGUCUUCGAGCAUAUACUUCGAUCAUGAGAGCAAAUAUGAGCCCGACACCGAGGCAAUAGCACAAGUGAAGGAGAUGAUCUACAGAGCUGCAGCUCUCAGGCCAGUGAACCUUGGAGUGGAGGAGACAGUAGAGAAGCCCAAGAGGAAGAAUGUGAGGAUCUCCAGUGAUCCCCAGACUGUGGCAGCCAGGCACAGAAGAGAAAGGAUCAGUGAGAGGCUAAGGAUGCUGCAAAGGCUAGUCCCCGGGGGGAGCAAGAUGGACACUGCCUCAAUGCUUGAUGAGGCUGCCAACUAUCUCAAGUUCCUCAAGUCUCAAGUUAAGGCCUUGGAAACCCUAGGUAGCAGACUUGACAGCAUGAACAGUGCCACACUUCCCUUCCCAACACCUUUCAACCAAACCUCUCCCAUGCACACUCUUUUCACCCACCCACAACCCUAACCUAAAAGUCAAAGAAAACUAGGAAAAAAAAACACGAGUCAAAAUCAUCGUCUGCAUCACUAACUUGUGGUUUAGGGAUGCUCCUUUUCCUUCAGUCAGUCAUACUUUUCCCUAACCAAAAUCCUAAAUUCCAAACACCAAAGGAUUAAUUAAGGUCCACCUUUUUGAUCCAAAUGGUAGUGUUGUUCCUCCUUUUUAUCCUAAGCCACCUUUUUGCUGCGUCCAUGCAUAAAGAAACCUUGGUCCAACACCAUUAUUAUUCUUCAUCACUACCUUUAAGCCCUCAUUUAAAGUCCCUUUUUUCUUUCAAGAGGCCUUUCCCAUGCAAAACCUAACCCGAAACACCCAUAUGAUAGUCUUCAUGAUUGCUUCCUUUAUGUGUUUAAGAGAACAUCGCAAUACCCUUUGAUCCUUAUCUCCUUUACUCGAUAGCCAAAGCUUUCUUACACAUAAAAGUUGAGGAAUCAUGACUCCUAUGAUUAGGUGCCCAAGGCUUGAGAGCUUCGAAGUAAUCACCACCUCAAAAUGUGUCCCAUGCGAGCCUCUUUUUUUCUUGGGUUGUCAAACCUAAUCCUAGUGCUUUCUUUUAAUUAAGUGUUUCCACUUAGGAAAGCUCAAGUCCAGAGACAUUCCCUUUGGGUCUGAUACCAAGUCUGGCAGAGGACACUGUCCCCUUGAUUCGAGCCAAGCGUGCCCUUGAGAAGUCCACCAACAAUGUUGGUUAGCACGUGCUGGAGAUAAAAAUAAGAAGAAAAAAAGAUGCCACCCCUUCUUCUCUCUCACAUCACCUUAGCCAUGUAACAAACAUCCUAUGUCAUUCAAAGAGAAAGAAAAUAGCUUUUACUGUAACAAACUUGGGUGUUUGGUGAUGUGGGUUGGCAAGUUGCAGUGGUCUUUUGUUAGCUCUAUGUAUGUCAUAUGCCCCUUUUCUUUUCCUUUACUCAAAAAGGAUCUAGAACUUGAAAUCAAAGGUGGUUAUUUUAGUUGAGAUAGUUGGUGAAAUUAAAAGAUCCUGUUGGUGAGAAGACCCAGAUCUCUCACAUGAUCUUUGUU